AUGGCAGAUAUCACCUCUCGGCGCCUUGUAAAGCUGUAUAAAGAACAUAUCUCGGACGUCUCAAGCACGGACUAUCCUGGUGUAUAUCCUGGUGAAGAUAACAGUUGGGAUUUGGAAGAUUUUAAGGAGGUGAGUCAAAAGUUUAUAUGCAUGGACGAUCAGCGUGCCAACUCGGGUAUUCUGCAGCAUCUCAAGAUCGACUUCCAAUAUGUAACCGAUGAGCGAAUAGAAUUCGACCUUGUUGGGGUGGAUGCGUCUAUUGCCAAUGCUUUUCGUCGCAUCUUAAUCGCUGAGGUACCGACAAUCGCUAUUGAACGUGUAUACGUUUACAACAACACUUCAGUUAUCAAUGAUGAAGUCCUUUCGCAUCGACUAGGGCUCGUACCGUUACACAUCAAUCCGCGAAUCAUGGACGAUGCACCUACGGAUUACCAAACCAAUUCCACGGACAGAAAUACAAUAGUCUUCACUUUGGACGUCGAAUGCACCAAUCGCUCCAACGUCAAAGCAGGAGAAACAGAUCCCGAGAAAUUAUAUGUGAAUUCCAACGUGUUUGCAGAGUCAAUUGUAUGGGUGCCCCAAGGAGAGCAAGGUUCUUUAUUUGCAUCAGAUCCUCCCCGAGCCGUUAAUCCAAAGAUAUUACUCGCCAAGCUGAGACCAGGGCAAGAGAUACAUUUGGAGAUGCAUGCAGUCAAGUCAAUAGGUCGUGAUCACACAAAGUUUAGUCCGGUUGCGACUGCCACCUAUCGACUGAUGCCUCAUAUACAACUACUGAAAUCCGGGGAUAGAUAUGAUGAGGCCAAUCGACGAGUGGAGAAGCUGGAGAUGCGGAAUCAGGAGAUGGCCGAGAAGUUUAGAGAUGCAUUCGGAGAAGGGGUUAUUGAGGUGAAGAAAGAGAGGGGGAAAUACUUUGUGAAGGUAAAAGAUCCUCGAAGAGACAACGUCACCCGUCGCGUUUUAGAACUGCCAGAGUUCGAAGAUAUGGUGAAGCUUGGCAGAGUUCGAGAUUGGUUCAUCUUCUCGGUCGAAUCGGUUGGCCAAUACCCUGCUCCAGAACUAUUACCUGUAUCUGUCUCUGUCCUUCGAGGCAAGAUCAGGAAUCUAAAAGCGGAUGUCGAACGACUCAAACGAGAAUGGGAGGGGUCGGUAGAUGCCAACAGAUUGGAACGAGAAAGGGAUGUGGAUAUGGAAGGCUAA